AUGGGCUAUAACAUCAAGCAAAAGAUCGAGAUAUGCCUCAAAAGUGAGGCAAACCCACUCAUGACCCAGACGGACUUGGCCAAUUGGGCCAUGAAAGAGUAUGGGUCCAGCAAACCUCCGUCACAAACAACAAUCUCGCGAAUAUUGAGCUCCAAAAAUGAAAUCAUUGGUUCGAAGGAAUCGGACUUUUCGCUUGUGAGACGACGCAAGCAAACGAACCCAGUUCUUCGUAAAAUCUUGACUGAGUGGAUUACUCAAACCCACUGGGAACAGAUCCCGAUCACCACGCCUAUUAUCCAGCUGACGGCAAACGCCAUUUGGACGAGAUUACCCAAACAGUUGAUCGAUGGCAACGGUGUUUUCAACCACAAAUGGUGUAACCAUUUCGUCAAGAGACUUAAUAUCAAUUUAGUUGGCUCUCGCCAAGCGGUGGAGAACAAUUUGGGCUAUCCGCUAAAUAAAGUGUGGAUGUUAGACGAGAAACUCGAGUUGAAGAAAUACAUAGAGGGGCUUAUAGCUCGUCACAAUUACUCGCCGAAAGACAUCUUUACCAUAGACGAAAUCUCGCUUUUCCAUGCUCUUCCAUUAGACCAGAUCUUCGAUAUCUCUUCUAUCGAUAAAGGUCUCAAACAAUCUCAGUCAUCGACAAAAAAUAUGCUCACAGUAAUGUUGGGAUGUAACAUUGACGGAUCAGAAAAGUUGAUGCCAUUAAUAGUAUCGAAGGAGGAAGAGUUGGAUGUUUCAGAAAGUUCUCACCCAGCCUUCAAAUCUCAUGGAACGUCCCAGCUCUCGCCACAGGCAUUAAUCAACAAAAUAUGUGAGGUGUACCAUAUUCUGCUAAAAACAAAUAUUAACAAAUGGAUUACUUCGAGUAUGUUUCAAGAUUACCUUUUAACUCUCGAUCACAAGAUUGAAAACGCAUCUCCAGACCGACAGAUUCUCAUCUUCUUAGACAACAGUUCGUCGCAUCGGAUGAUCAAUCUUGAGUUCAAGCAUAUCAGAUUAGUCUACAUGGAAAAUGCGUCAAAGCACAAAAAUCCUUACAACGGAUCCUUCAAUGGUGUAAAGUUUGACUACUUACCCAUGAGUUUUGGAAUAGUCGAAGAAUUCAAGAUUUUGUACCGGUUACAACAGUAUCUUGAAAUGAUCAACAAACAGAGGAAUCAAAGCGAGUCCGAUGAUGCUCGUCUGCCUAUAUCGAGUACUUCGAACUUGAGCAGUCUCAAGACAGCUAGUGAAUCUGCUGUGCUUUCAGAGAGUGACUACAAUGUACCAUUUAUCAAAGUUAUUGAAUGGAUUAAACGUUCAUGGGAUUCCAUCAGUGCCCAAAAGAUUUUUCUGUCUUGGUCUCACACAUACUUAAUCAACUUUAAGGCACCAUGGCCAGCUACAGAUCGACAUGUCGUUGCUAAAGCACAAGAACUUUUUCGUCCUUUUAUCGAAGCUGAAGCCCAUUACGACUCGCAAAAGAGUUACCAUAAGCUCCGGGAAAUUAUGAAAUACCUUAACGUAAUGAUUCCUUGGAAUGUUGAUGAGUUGCUUGGUCUAGUCAACGAGCGGAGCAAAGUUUCUUUGGAUUACGUUUCGAUUGAGGAAAUCAUAGGAAGCUGCGUGCUGGAAAAGGACCUUCAAGAACAAAAGGAAGAACGACAGGACAGCAUUGCCCCAAUGACUGAUCCGUGGUUUACGGGAGUUGGGCAUCCUCUUCCACAACCGCAUGAUGCUCGGUUUUCUCAACCAAGCCUUUCACCACCCAAACUUAAUAACAUUCCACAAAAAUUGAGCCUUAACCCGCCUCAAUUGGCACCAAUUUCGCCCGCAUUGCAAUACUCCAAUAUGCAUAGAGCACUGCCUCAACCGCAUCCUCUAAGACAACCUAAUUUGCAGUCAAAGUACAGAGAGCCACCAUAUACCGAUUAUCUGAUUGGCAGUCCAGGAAGCACUAGCAUGAAUGCCCUAUUGUUAGCUACGAGUGUUUCGAAGAAUCAGGAAAUCAAUAAUGGUGCAUAUCCUUCAGGAAACUCCUUUUCUGCAUUGAUGCCAAUAAAGCAAGAAAACCUACCCCCUGUGCUUACCAGGAUGGAUAUGAAUAACUCCAUGGUAAGUGAGGGAAAGCGGGGAGGUAAUUUUGACCUUAAUGGUUUUCCUGAACGGAAACGCCAAGCUCUACCAACAAGUUUGGGUACCCCAUACUUCUCAGGCAGUCCAAUGCCAGGAAAUCUGGCAACUCAGGACUCUCUAACCGACCCUAUAAAUUUUGUUGGACCUUCGCUUUCACCCAUGCCCCACCAUCUGAUGGUUAACGGGUUCCGUCCUUCUGCUUCUGAGCGGCCUCUGGGAGGCAAUUCAGAUUACGAUGCUCAAGUAGGUGGAGACGGUAAUGACAGAGAUCUUAUCUCAUUACUUAACCGUGUGAUCGAUGCCUCAGGAACAGAAGGACUUAAAUUGUCGAACUUUGCGCUUGAGGAGCUCCGGUCGAACUUGACAAAGAUGCAACACAAGUAUGAUCCAGACAAGCCUCUGCCCAUGUGA